AUGAAUGGACUCUCAGCGUCGCCUAGCUAUGCCGAGCGACUCGAGGCGUUCAGACAGUCCGACGCUGAGCGGGACGCGAUGGUCGCCGCAGUCAUUAAAGAGCUGGAAGAGCUGAAGGUACAGGUUGCUGAGAAGACGGAUGACUUAAGCAACGAGAUCGCCUCAAGGAGAAUGUGGCAAGCGCGUGCCACCCAGAGCGAGCAGGCGCUGGCACAGCAUAAGCAAACAUCGGUAUGAAUUCUCAAUGUCCGAAAUCGUGUUUUAGUACAGUACCGGUGCUGAACCCCUGCAGAACUCCAAUAACUUCGUAUUGGCCGUGAUAGAUGGCGACGGCGCUCCCUUCCAGGACGUAAGUGCCUGGAUUUGCCACUUCGUCCAAGGUCGCAGUCUGACAAGAUGACAGUAUUUAUACAGCAUGGGCAAGGACGGCGGCGCUGAAGCGGCUCAGAAGCUCUAUGUUGGACUCCGAGAACAUCUGCAAUCCAUCUAUCCAGAUGCCAAUGUGUCUGACUGGAAUAUGUGAGUACGGAAACAUCAAUCUCUCGUCUGCAUCCCGAUUGACUUUAGUUCAGAGUCGUACAAGUCGUCUUGAACCUACAAGGACUGGCUACGAAGCUGCAAUCCUGCGGCUUGAUAUCUAAUCCAAACGAAUUGCUCGCAUUUGGUCGGGCUUUCGGCCUUGCCCAACCUCUCUUCAGCUUUGUCGAUGUGGGCGGUGGCAAGGAGAGAGCCGACCAUAAGAUUCGGGAGACUUUACGUCUUUACCUGCCAAUAUCUCAGUGCAAACACGUAUUCUUUGGACCUUGCCACGACAACGGCUACCUCCCGGUCCUCGAGCCUUACCGGCGAGACUCGUCCAUGGCAUCGCGCCUAACUUUAAUCGAGACAAGACCGGCGGAAGGGGGCUUCAUCGAGUUGGGCCUAAGGCGCAUGCGACUCCCGGUCGUCUUCCGGUCUGAGAAUCUUCCAGCCGCCAGGAGCGUAGUCUCGCCAGCUCCCCUCGCUACUCCGGUUAGAACACCAUCGGGCAUCGAACCGACGCCUCUGGUGCCACAAUUUCCGAAGGCUGCCAGUCCAGCUCCUUCCACGGCGUCCACGCACUCUGCAGCCAACUCAGCAUCGUGGGCAGCAAUCGGCAAGAACGGUGGCGCAGGCAAGAAUUUCGACAUCGCCCCAAGGAAGACUCCGGUACGUCGCUUCAUACUCUUGAAUGGCUACGGGGACCGCCUUGACGAGAAGCUUCCCAAGCCGGAUGGAGGUGCAGAAACACGCUUUGCCAAGCGCGUGGAGGCCAAUGGCAAAUACUGUAACAACUAUUACCUUACUGGAAGAUGUGAGGCUGGCGAAUACUGUGACUACAUUCACGGCGAGAAGCUCACUCCCGGAGAGAUGCUGGUGCUGAAACACAAGUCCACCACCCGCAACUGCCCGGAUCGCUCUACGUGUAGGGACUUCGACUGUACCUUUGGCCAUCAUUGCAAGUUCGGCAAUAACUGCUACUUCGAUAGGUGUCAUUUUGAGGGCACUCAUAACAUGGACCUUGAGCCUGCGAGGAAGCUGUAUGAGGAUGGUAGUGAAGAGUGGAUCGGGGGAUAUUUGCAGAAGCAUGGGAAGUAG